CAAAAGCCACCAGCGCCAAGCCGCCAACCGCCACGGCAUGGCCUCGUCCUCUCUCUUCGCCGCGGCGCGCCGCCUGCUCCGCCUCGGCGGCCGCGGCCGCAGCGGGAUGCCCCCAUCUCGCGCCGCCGCUUCCUCGUCUCGCAGCAACAGCAAGGAGAAGCGACCGCCGCGGGCGCGGCCACUGAGCCUGCAGUCCAGGCUGUGGCCGCUGGGCCACCCGGGCACGCUCCUCGUGCCGGAGAUCGAACUGUGGGCGGCGCGGCCCGGAAACCGCCUCCGUUCCGUUGAGCUCCUGAGCAUCGUCAAGGAGCUCCGCAAACGGCGCCGCCAUCGCCAGGCCCUCGAGGUCUCCGAAUGGAUGAAGCUUAAGGGUCACGUCAAAUUCCUGCCAAAAGAUCAUGCAGUUCACCUGGAUUUGAUUGGUGAAAUUCAUGGAGUUGGAGCAGCAGAGACCUACUUCAAUAACCUUUCUGACAAUGAUAAGACAGAGAAACCCUAUGGUGCACUUCUGUACUGCUACACACGAGAGCUCCUGGUUGACAAAGCAUUGGCACAUUUUCAGAAGAUGAAAGAGCUGGGGUUCCUGUUCUCCACACUCCCCUACAACAACCUCAUGGGCCUCUACACCAACCUAGGGCAGCACGAGAGGGUGCCUUCAGUGAUGGCGGAAAUGAAAAGCAAUGGGAUUAUUCCCGACAAUUUUAGCUACAGAAUAUGCAUUAAUUCUUAUGGCGCAAGAGCAGAUAUUUUUGGGCUGGAGAACACCCUGGAGGAGAUGGAGUGUGAGCCGCAAAUUGUAGUUGACUGGAAUACAUAUGCUGUUGUUGCGAAUAACUAUAUUAAGGGCAACCUAAGAGAGAAGGCAUACUCUGCAUUACAGAAAGCAGAGUCAAAACUAGAUAAAAGAAAUUCGGAAUCCUAUAACCAUCUGACUUCCCUGUACUGUCACCUGGGGGACAAAUCAGAGGUCAAGAGGCUAUGGGCACUCCAAAUGUCAAACUGCAAGAGGCAUAUUAAUAAGGACUACAUGACAAUGCUUGCGGUACUCGUGAAGCUUGAUGAGAUCGAAGAAGCUGAAUCUGUGUUGAAAGAGUGGGAGUCUAGCGGAAAUGCAUUCGAUUUCCACGUUCCAAAUAUCCUGCUCACUGGGUACCGCCAGAAGGACUUGCUGGACAAGGCUGAGAUGCUGCUCGACGACUUCCUGAAAAGGGGAAAGGUGCCUCCUCCAUCCAGCUGGGCGAUCGUGGCAAUUGGCUACGCGGAGAAAGGUAAUGUCGUGAAAACUUAUGAGCUGACGAAGAAUGCCCUCCGUGUAUACACCCCAAAUAGUGGCUGGAUCCCUAGUUCUUCAAUGAUUGAGAUGAUACUUCAGUAUCUUCGAGAUGAAGGAGAGCUCAAGGAUGUCGAAACUUUUGUUGAUCUGCUGAAAGUUGCUGUGCCAGUGAACUCGGAUAUGGCCGAGGAGGCUUUGUCAAGGGCUCGUGCAAGGGAAGAAAAAAAGGCUGAAGAGGCAAAUGCUUGAGGCUGUCGUUGCCUGAGCUCUUGAUUAUCAACGAGAUGGAGCUUUAGUUCUGCUUCUGUCCUUCCUUCAAACAGCUAGUUUUUUUUUUAUGAAACGAAACAGCUAGUUAUUGUACUUAGAAAUUUAGAAUUUCUCUAGUUCAUGUUCACAUCACUUAGUGGCAUGGCACUAGAGCUUCUGUGAAGUAUUUUUUGGUGAAACAGAAAGAAUUCGUCCUGCAAUUAGCAAAAGUUCA